UGUGAAAAUGGCGGAAAUAUUCGUAAACAAAAAUAUUGAACUUGCUCUUACACAUUUGCACAAACUGAGAUUUGCAGUUUUAGAACUAGGAUUGUGCAAUGCAACAAGAAAUGUUUUAUUCUCUGAUGCCGUCUGUAAAUUUGACCUGGUGAGGGUGGAAAGGCCAGACGAAGAGUCGAAACGUGACGUGAGAUCACUGAAUGUGAACUUUUCUUCACUAUUCAAACCAGGCAUAGAUUUCCUGACUGCAUGCCAAAACACAAGCAAUGAGAAUAUUGCAGGAAUUGAUGCGCUCAAGAAAGACGCAUUGUCUCUACUUAACAGUUAUUUUUUAAAUAUAGACCUCCAUGAACAAAGUCUUAACAAAGUAACUGGGAAGAAAAAUAAGAAAAGUGAUGAAACUGACAUCAAGCAUACUCCACCAACAGACACUGACUUCACCAUUGCAGUAGCAGAACACCUCCUUGGAAAGCUUGCUCCAGGUCAAUCCUAUCACAUUGAUUCCAGGGGAAAGGAAGGGAACAGAUGUGGGUGUGAAGUGCAGCCAAGUUAUGGAAAUACGGGCAUAGGACAUGAAGAAGUAUGGCAUGGACAUGCUGAUAUUAUCUUUUCACCUCAUCAUCCUGAGAACCAAAGUAUUGCAAAAUGUGACCUCAGUUUGUCUAGCACACCAGGCCAGGAGGAGAUUACAGCAGUAAAAAGGCCACACUUACAUGUUGAUGAAAACUUGGAAUAUGCUGACAGAAAAACAAAUGCGGAAGUGAAAAGAAGAGCCACUUGGACAAGUGAAGAGGCCAUAGCACAGACAAUUGUGUUCUCAUUACUCCAGAAACAACAAUACCCAAACUCACCAAACUGUGUGGUACCCUCUAUUUUAAUUUCUCCAGACUAUGUUCAAAUAAUGAUUUAUGAUGCAGAGAAUGAUAUUUUGUUGUGUAGUAAUUUCAUGGAUUUAUAUAAUGUAAAUGCUGAUGGGUGUUUAUCGAGUGAAGCAGUGGUGACAAUUUGGUGUGUUCUACAUUAUAGAAUAUUUUGUUGUGGAUUACAAUUUGAAAACAAUGAUGAAGCUAAUAUUUAUAAAUCAAACUUUUCAAGAUUAGCACAGGAGAAAUGGCAUAUAUAUUCAAACUGUUUGAAAAACUCUGUCAAUGAAUUCCCUGUGGUAGAUAGUGCCAUAAAGGUUGAAUUGUGGAACCGAAAAGUUCUUCAAGGUACAGAGUUUUGUAAAGGCAUGAAGAGAAGAAAGUGACUCUUCAUAAUGAAAUAGUGCCAUCUUACCAGUGACUAACAUCAAGACUUGUAGUCUCUGUCUUAUCCAGUCUACACUAGUUCUUUGUUAAUGGUGUAAUCAGGUUUGCUACAUGUUAAUGAUGGAAGUUUGAAUUUCUCUUUCAUGUAAAUUUUUAAUGUGAUCAUCAUGUGAAUUUCAUCCCCAUUUAGCUGGGUAACAAGUUAUCAAAUCUGCUACAAAUAUGAAUCCAAGGUCAUCAGAAAAAUGAUUCCUUUCACAGUAUUUUGCAAUCCAUGUGUUCAGGAGUUGCUGAGAUAUAAAAACAUACACUGUGACAAUAAAUAUUUUUUUAUCGUUA